AUGUCGCUCAAAGCGCUGUCUUCCCUGCUUGCUAUGGAUGCUCCUCGUCACUGUGCUACCAAGAAUCGCGUCAAUUGUGGCAACGGCGGGUGCAACAAGCUGUACGAUGAACAUGUCCAACUACUCCAGGAACUCCACGCACAUCAAUCCCGAGCCUGGACCAGCGACACUGAAUACAAGAACGACCCAUUUGUCAUCGAGCUUCGCAACGAGGCUGACCGUUGCUGGGCCUGGCUCAGCAUUGCCCCUGACGAUUCCCAUGCUGCUAGCCCCACAAGCACCACCGACGGCGAGGCAGAGACCAUACGCAAUCUCGACGUCGAGCAUCUCCGUGUUCAAAUCGAUAUAAGCAACUCGCUCCGUGGUCUCUUUGAGGUACAGCACCGUCGUCAAGCCUAUCGCGAAGCCGCGGCUGGCAACUCAAGUGCCCUGGCACAUAUCGAUGCCGAUAACUUCCCGCAUGUUCCUCCUCGCGUAGGACUCAGCACCUUACCACGAAACAUUAGUCUCACUCAACUGGUGGACUCAGAAGAUGAUGAGGAGCUAAAAAACAACUCGGAGACGGCAAACGCAGCUGGUAAGAAGCGAGCUGCUCCCAAUGGCGAUGGACUGGCGGAAGAGGGUGGGAAGAGGCCCAGGACUGAGUAG